CCCUCACUCCCAUUUCCUAUCUCUUCCAAAAACCCUUCUUCCUCUCCCCAUCCAAAAUGGCCCAAACCCUAGCUCGCUCCUUCACCCGCCACCUCACCUUCUCCUUCCUCCUCCCGAAGCGCCUCCUCUCCACCUCCACCGCCAUCGUAACUCAACCACCUUCUCCUCAGUCCCUUUUCCUUUCUCGCCGCUCACUGCUUCCUCUUUCUCAUGCCGUCCCUUCAAUCAAACCGACCCGUUUCACUACCAUUCGAUGCCGGGUCAACCGUUCCGGUAACUCGACUUACUCGCCGUUGAACUCAGGGUCAAACUUCAGUGACCGUCCGCCGAAUGAAAUGGCCCCGCUUUUUCCGGGAUGUGAUUAUGAGCAUUGGCUUAUUGUUAUGGACAAGCCUGGCGGUGAAGGAGCUGCUAAGCAGCAAAUGAUUGAUUGUUAUAUUCAAACUUUAGCUAAAGUUGUUGGCAGUGAGGAGGAAGCCAAGAAGAAGAUUUAUAAUGUGUCUUGUGAGAGAUAUUUUGGAUUUGGCUGUGAGAUUGAUGAGGAGACAUCAAACAAGCUUGAAGGUUUGCCCGGUGUUCUUUUCGUUCUACCUGAUUCUUAUGUCGAUCCCGAAAACAAGGACUAUGGUGCUGAGUUGUUUGUGAAUGGGGAGAUAGUUCAAAGAUCACCUGAAAGGCAGAGAAGGGUGGAACCACAGCCACAGAGAGCUAAUGAUAGACCAAGAUACAAUGAUAGAACCAGAUAUGUGCGUCGCAGAGAAAAUAUGCGGUAAAUUUCCAAGCGGAACAACUAGUUGUAUAGAUUGUGGCCCUGAGGUUCUUGUUCUUUCUGCUUGGUUACGAUUAUGAGUAGGGUUUAAAUGCUCGGAAGAUUGUUGAACUAGUAAUGAUGAUUGUGUGCGAGCAUUUUGUAGACAUUUAUGGAAAGGUAAUGAAUGUAAGACGGAAACAUCUGAUGUCUGUUAUAACUGUCUCACUGUUGUAUACUCUUUUGUUGAAUAACAUGUCUGAAAUUUUCAUUA